AUGGCGCCUACUUACUCGGACUCGCCCGACACAUGGCCCACUAAAGAUAUUGUCUACCUGUCAAUCAUAGGUCCAAUCAUGCUAAUGGCUGUUUUCGAAUGGAUGUUGUGGCUCGCGGCUUUUAUCUACUGCCUAGUAAAGGUGUACGCCAAGGCAGAUCGGUGGAGCAUAAGGGUUCUGGCUGUGGUCAUGGUGGUUUUGUUCUCACUGGUCCGACUAGCUUUCCUUCCGGUAUUGCUUGUGACGCUUCCCUUGCCGCCUCAAAUCACAAUCUACUUGCCUCGCCGCAUGGUGGAUGGAUUUCAGACCUUCGCAUUCUGGACCUUCUCGAUACUCCUCAUCGGUCCGUGGCUGUGUUGUGUUUACGUACUGACGACCAAUGCUUUGGGCAGAAACAAAAGGAUCAAGCAAGUACUUGAUGACCACACUGCCCCCAAAACAGUGGUGGUGAUGCCUGUAUACAAGGAGGCACCAGCUAUCUUGAUCAAGGCUGUUGACUCGGUAGUUGAUUGUGACUACCCCGCGAGUUGCAUUCAUGUCUUUCUUUCAUACGACGGCGGUCAGGUAGAUGAGCAAUACCUUGAGGUCAUAGGACACCUGGGCAUUCCCCUUUGCCUGAGGAGCUAUCCCCAGAGCAUUGAUUGCACUUACAAAGGUGCACGAAUCACGGUCUCUCGGUUCAAACACGGCGGUAAAAGACACUGCCAGAAGCAAACAUUCAAGCUGAUUGACAAGGUUUACGCCCACUACCUGAGAAAACAUGAUGACCUGUUCCUGCUUUUCAUUGAUUCCGACUGCAUUCUCGAUCGAGUUUGUCUGCAGAACUUUAUGUAUGACAUGGAGCUCAAACCCGGAAGCAAGCGCAAUAUGCUUGCAAUGACAGGCAUUAUCACCUCGACCACUGAAAAGAACAGCUUGAUCACCAUUCUUCAAGAUAUGGAGUACGUGCAUGGUCAACUUUUUGAACGAUCAGUGGAAUCUGGUUGCGGUGCUGUCACUUGUCUUCCCGGGGCUCUCACAAUCCUGCGCUUCUCGGCUUUUCGCAAGAUGGCCAAGUAUUACUUCUCUGACAAGGCGGAGCAAUGCGAUGAUAUCUUUGACUAUGGAAAGUGCCACUUGGGAGAAGACCGUUGGCUCACCCACCUUUUCAUGAUAGGGGCGAAAGAGCGAUACCAGAUCCAACUCUGCACAAGUGCAUUCUGCAAGACCGAGGCUGUUCAGAGCUUUGGGAGUUUACUGAAGCAACGUCGGCGAUGGUUUCUUGGAUUCAUCACCAACGAAGUCUGCAUGAUUACGGACGCUCGGCUCUGGGUGAAGUACCCUUUGCUCUGUCUGGUUCGGUUCAUGCAGAAUACUAUUCGAACCACCGCGCUCAUAUUUUUCAUCAUGGUCAUCGCAUUGAUAACCACCUCCAAGAGGUUGGAUGAGCUUCCUGUUGGUUUCAUGGGUGUCUCUCUUGGGCUGAACUACUUGCUGAUGCUGUACUUUGGCAUUCGUCUCAGGCGGUUCAAAGCCUGGCUAUAUCCUCUCAUGUUCCUUGUAAACCCCUUCCUUAACUGGGUUUACAUGGUGUACGGUAUCUUCACAGCCGGUCAACGCACUUGGGGUGGACCACGAGCGGAUGCUGCUACUGCUGAUGACCAGACCACGCCCGGCGAAGCAGCGCAACGCGCAAAAGAACAAGGCGACGAGUUCAAUGUGAAUGUCGAUACAUUCCGCACUAAACUUGUGCGGCGAAGGUCUGUCCCUAUUCGCCCAUCGGAAGCCGUGGAAGGACGGUUUGCCCGAACGGAUCACCUUGUGGAUGGUAUCUAUGUCAACACAUCUGGAUCCGGGCCGGCGCUUGCGCGUAUGGUGAACGCGCUGGAAGAUUCCCAGUACCCUAAGCCUCCUCUCCAGCUCCGCGACUCGAUAGACUCCAUGACUAGCGAGCCCUCGGAUUGCGACUCAAGCUCGAUCGCCCUGCCACACUCCGUUGAGCAAAUUGCGAUCGGUGUGGAAGACCAACGAAGACUGGAAUACGCCCGCCAAGCCCGGGUAUCCAUGAGCACAACGAGUUUUGACGAGCACGGCUUGGCAAGCCCAUUCAGCGACAGUUACACUCUCCGAACCAUGAGUUCGGGUUCCGAGCAUGAUGAACUCUUGGGAAUGAGUCCUCCCGUAGAGAUCUACCAGGCCAGCCGCUCGGCGAAUGCGAACACGCUGCCCCGGUACACGGAGCCUUCAGGAAUGCCUAACUAUGAGUACGAGCAGUCGUACUUCCCAACACCUUGA